UCGUCACUAAUGCAGUUUCCUUGAAGCCACUGUUGGCGUAACCUAGCGUACUGAAUACGAGGGACGGCGUAUUGAAGAUUUUGAUCAACUAAAACUGACAUUAUAAAUUCUAGGACCUUGGAGAACAAUGAGUUCUGAAGAUUCUGUGAACGCUAGUAUUUUGAAAUUUGGUCGCCAUGAAUUUCUCAACGAAGAAACUGAGAUGGCGAUACCAAUUCUUAUAAUUCUUGGACUAGCAACGUUGAUAGGAACGUUUGGCAACGUUCUGAUUCUUGUAGCGGUGAAAACGAGGAAGUCCAUGCACAACGUGGAAUCCAUCUUCAUCGUCAACUUGGCCUGCUCAGAUAUGUACGUCACGACCUUGGCAGACCCCAUGAGUAUCGUAGCCAAACUGGAGGGCUCCGAUUUCUUCGACCGUAUCCCAGGACUGUGUCGGGUCAUUGGCUCGUUGUGCACGAUGUCGUGCGUGGCGUCUCUCAUGACCAUCGCCGCCAUGAGCUGCAACAGAUACGUCUUCAUCGUCCACAGCAAAUACUACAGAACCAUCUUCAAACCUCGCAACUGCGUCAUCUUCUGCAUGAGCUUCUACUGCGUGGGUCUCUGUCUCGUCCUGCUCAACCUCGCCAACAUUGGCGACCACAACUUCGACCACAAGAGCCUCGAGUGCAUCUGGGCGCGGAUGGCGACGUAUCCCUACACCGUGGUAUUCUCCAUCGUGCUGGUAUGGAUGCCAACCACCGUCACCGGAAUCUGUUAUCUGCGCAUGUACCUGCACGUGCGAGCUGUGAGAGAGCGCGUGAGGCAAUCACGUGGCGACAGGUCCAAAACCAACACGAACAAACCUCUGAGUUUUCGACUGGCCAGAACACUAUUCAUCAUCUAUGUCGUGUUCAGCGUUUGCUGGAUCCCCUACACGCUCAUCAUUGUCCUCGACGCAAGUGACACGUUUCAUUUCGGGGCGCACGUGUAUAUCGUGGUUUUUGCGCAUCUGCACCCGUCAAUCAACUGGCUUGUCUAUUACGCCACUCACCGGAAGUUCCAUAACGCUUUCCUUGAAAUCCUGCACCUCAACAAGUGUUUGAAUACAUAAUCGGAUGUGCAGGGUCACAAACGCCAAAUCACAGUUCGAAACAAACUGGUACCACUAAUGAUAUUUGGAGAGAAAAACAAAACCCUUUAUAGGACUCGACGAUACCUUUUGUUGUGCUGAUUAACAAAUAACAUUUAAAAUAGAAGCAUUGUGAAUGAGAAUGUGAUCUGUAUGAUUCGUUGAAGGAAUGAGUGAGUUGAACGAAUUUUCAUUCAUGCCCCAACCAAGAGUGAUCCAGUCUGGACAAAUGAACCAGUGAUCGAUAGUGUGUCAGGAUACGGUGACAUAUGAAAGCAGACACGUCUUAAGACGUCAUUCAAAUCCAAUCUUAUAGUUCGUUACGAUACCUCGCUGUGUGAAGAUAUGACGACACCUCCAUAGAAGGUGGACUCAAGGUUGCGUCAAAUAAAUACCGGGCGAACUUUGACUACCCAAUGAAAAUGAAGGUUUCAUAGUUUCUUGAGCCAACCAGGUUUCUAAAACGAUUCGGCAUAAUUUCCUAAGAUUUAAAACCCGAAUCCAAGGGAUAAAACCGACGGUCAUCAGCCCCGAUGUUUUAUCCCGGGGAUGAGGGUU